GGUGAUCUAAUCACCAUAUCAUGGAUGGCGUCGAAGGGAGCUAACCAAACGGAGCACUAUCUCAAAGAAGAAGUAGGGGGAAUCAUUUUUUUCGCCUUCGCACCAUCUUUCUCGGCGGAAGAUUUGUUCGCUACGGCGAAUACAUCUCCCUUUGGAGAAAUAAAGAUGAAGCGUAAUCAAUUUCCUUGUAUGAGAAGCAUCGGCAACAAUGUUGACGCUACUGUUAACGAAGCUUUCCUCAAGAAUCUUGAAGUUAUCAUUGGUCCAAGAACCUCAUUUUAUGCUUCUGUGCAAAGCGCGGUUGAAAGAGAACAACAGAUUGUGUUCACAGGACAUUCUUUAGGAGGCGCAACUGCAAUUUUAGCAACAGUUUGGUAUUUGGAGACAUACUUCAUACGCAAUCCAAAUGUCCCUGAGCCUCGUUGUGUGACAUUUGGAGCUCCUCUUGUUGGUGACUAUAUCUUCAAACACGCGCUUGGGAGAGAGAAUUGGAGCCGGUUUUUCGUAAACUUUGUUACAAGAUUUGAUAUUGUCCCUCGGAUUAUGCUUGCUCGCAAGGCAUCGAUAGAGAAAAUCCUGCCUCAUGUUCUUGGCCAAUUGGAUCCUAGAAGAGCUUCGAUCCAAGAGAGCGACCAGAUAAUAACAGAGUUUUACACAACGGUGAUGCGAGACACAUAUACUGUUGCUUCCAAAGCUGUCUGUCAGUUGAUUGGAAACGGAGAAGCGUUUUUAGAAACUCUUUCUAGUUUUCUUGAGCUAAGUCCUUAUAGACCAGUAGGCACUUUUGUCUUCUCUACACAGAAAAGAUUGGUUGUAGUGAACAACUCAGACGCCAUUCUUCAAAUGUUGUUAUACACUUGUCAGUCCAACGACGAACAAGAAUUGUCUCUCAUUCCAUUUCUAAGCAUUAGAGAUCACCAUGGCUAUGAGGAACUGGUACAAUCAAUUGGUAUUAAGUUGCUUAAUCAUUUGGAUCUGCAUAAUCCGCCUUUGGAUGGAGAAAACUCAAUAGGCUCCGCUCUCAACGACCUUGGAAUGAGCACAAGAGGCAGACAGUGCAUUCAUGCUGCAUUAGAGGCUGAGAAGCAACGAGUAGAAAAUCAGAAGAAUAUAGAAACCAAAAGAGAUAAAAUAGUAGAAAGACUAACUUGGAUAGUGGAGAAAUACAAGCCUAAGUGUCAAACUCAUAAAAAUGGGUAUUACGAUUCCUUCAAAGAUUCAAAGGAAGAGAAUGACUUCAAAGCAAACGUCACGAGAGUGGAGUUAGCAGGUAUUUUCGACGAGGUGCUUGGUUUAGUGAAAAAAGGUCAGCUUCCAGAUGGAUUCGAGGGGAGCGGAGACUUGAUCAAUUUAGCAACUCAAUACCGCAGAUUAAUUGAACCUCUUGAUAUUUCAAACUACUAUCGGCAUUUAAAGAACGAAGACACAGGGCCGUACAUGUUACACGGAAGACCAAGCCGCUACAUAUACGCUCAGAGAGGGUACGAACAUAGAAUAUUAAAGCCAAAAGGAAUGAUUGCAGAAGAUGUGUUUUGGAACAAGGUAAAUGAUCUUAACUUAGGGUUAAAGCAAGAAAUUCAAGAGAAUCUAAAGAUAUCGGGAUCCAAGUGCGGAUCAUGCUUUUGGGCUGAGGUCGAAGAACUCAAGGGAAAGCCAUACGAGGAAGUUGAGGUAAGAGUUAAGACAUUACAAGGGAUGCUUGAAGGAUGGAUCGGAGACGGGGAAGUAGAUGAUAAGGAAAUAUUUCUGGAGGGUUCAACAUUUCGAAAGUGGUGGAAUACACUUCCCGACAAUCACAAACUUCAUUCUCCGCUGUAUCUGCGAGGGCGUCUGAUGGAUGAAACAAGAGCUACAUGAACCUUAAAUGGUCGAUUAUUUAAGCUAUUGAAACACUUGCUUCUUAAUUUGUGCAAUAAGAAAUGUUUAUCAAU